AUGGAUCAGCGCAAUAAUCCGUACGGUCUCCCUCUCGGUCGUGUCGGUCUGCCCAACGGCAUGUCUCUCCAGCAGCAACGUGCGGCCACGCAGCAGCAGCAGUAUACGAUGCAGGACAUGAUGUUUGACCCGCUGCCCAUGACUACCGGACUGUACCAUCCCCCGCCUCCACUGCACCAGCAGCACACGGGCAUGGGGGGGAUCAUGCAGCAACAGCAGCAGCAGCAGCCAAGUAUGGUGGCACCUGAAGACGAUCCGCGUUUCGUCGAUGAUCUGUUGGGUGCCUUUGGGAACGACCCCGUUGGUCAACAGCUGCACCAGCAUCAGCAUAUGGACCAGAUGCCCAGUCACGUGUACAACCAACAGCAGCACCUGAUGGCCCCACCACCGUCUCAGACGUCCAACCUCCUUUCGGGACGGAUACCAGGGAUCCCGAUGACGAGUCAACCGCUGCCCAUGCAGCAGAGUGGACUCCCUGGCUCGAUGCACAUGAACCAAAUGGGAGUUGGCGCAGACGGUUGUAUUGGACCGGGUGUUCCUCAUCAAUUGCCUAAUAUGAGCGCAGCUCCUGCGAUCUCUCCUGGUCUCGGAGGUCAUGGUAUCAGUAUCCAAGCACCUCCUCUUGUAGCUCCUCGACAACAGGCUCCUACUGCAAUUGUGCCAACGUUGGCGACGCCCAAGUUUUCAGAUAGUUCACGAACUUUGACGACGUCAAGUAACAAUGGAGGAAGCAGUGAUGAGGAUGCUGGAAUGGGCGAAGGAGAUGUCCAGAAGAAGAAGGAGCGACGACGUCAGCAGGUUCGGUAUGCGUCACGUCGCCGUCGCAAGAAACAGAAAGACGAGGAGAGUUUUCUGCGGGAUCGGAUCGCAGAGCUCAAGGAACAGAUCCGGAUCAUUGGCGGAGACCUGACCGAGCAGUGUUCUCAAAUGGCCGGUAUGAGUGAACAAGCGUUGACGGAAGCGUACGAGAAGCAGAUGGUGACGGUGCAGACGCUGCGCAAGGACAACAACAAGCUGAAGGAGCAGUUGUUGCAGCACGAGAACUUUGCUCGCAUGAUCCAGUACGGUCUGAACGCGUUGCCAAGCGACUGCCGCGAUGUGGACCGCAAGAAGAUCGCUGGUGUUCCGAUGUGGAUCAGUGACCAGAUGAACCCUUUGAAGGGGCCGACGUUGGUGGUGGAUCUGAACUUGUGUCACGAAGCUGUGCGUCACGCGUACAACGAGCUCAAGACGUUCGGUCCGACCGUGAACUCGAAGACAAACGUGUGCUACGCGAUGGGCUGGAAGACCGAGUUAUGGGCUGCAAGCACAUGCUUGAACUUCCGAGCUGUCCGCUCGAUCAGCGACAAGAACAUUCGCGAAGUUGCGAAUGCAUCAUGGGACAUUAUUACGUGUCCGGAGAAAUGCAAGCGCAUUUACCCAGACGUCAAGCAGUUUCGCAUCUUGCAAAAGGUGACGGACGACAUUGUGGUCGUCCAUCGCAUCGCCUCCGUCGCGUCUGAUCUGUCGGAUCGAGAGUUCAUCUCCGUGGCGUUUCGCCUACGUGAUGGCGAUGACUAUUACAUUGGUCUGAAAUCCAUCACUGUCCAGGCCGAGGCUGCUGAGAAUUGCACUCGCGGUGAGGAAUGUCAAGGAUGGAUGUUUAUUGGCGGGGACAACGAGACAUCGCCCUGGAAAGCUCAUUUUCUUGGCUACUAUGAUGUCAAGGGCGAGAAGGACGACAAGGUGCUGAACCAGCUGGCGAACGAGUCGAUGUUUGGUAUGCUGCGAUGGGAAAGUGAAUCCAUGCACCCGUUGAGCGUCUAG